GCUAUGUUAACUAUGCUAUGCUAACUAUGUUUUUGUAGAGUUGCUUAGGCUGCCGUUUUCGAAGCUCGGCAGGCCACGAGCCUUACCGCUUUAGAACAAUGGUCAUUGUUGCGGUGUCGUUCUCUUAAGCUUUAAUUCAGAUGAAACCUAAAAAUAUCAGCAGGUAGACCUCUAAAUAGAUAAUUUUGAGCAGAACUUACACCCUGAAUCUACAUUCACCUCCACUUUUUAAAAUAAAAAUAUAAACAAUCCUCUCCAACAGCAUUUUCGGAAGAGAAAAGUUGUCAUAUAAUCCUGAAAGUACAUGAUGAGUAUGUCACUUUUGUAGAACAAAGUAAUAGUCCAGCAAGUCUCAUUUUUUUUUUGUAGUGUGCCAGAUUUUUCACAUUUUGGUCAUAUGCAGGAGAUUUUUAUAUUCGAAUAAUUUUUGUGGCAUAUUUUACCUCCAUAGCUUCCCAUUUUAGAAAGAAAAGAGAUACGUUUUUAGGAGAAGUUCAAAUAGUCUCGUAAACGCUCUUGUAAUUGACAAAACCGAAAUAUCUUAAUUUUCCUUCCCAAUUACGCUCAACCUUUGAUCGGUACGUACCAUACCAAUGAAAAAUUCUAAACUCCUAAUUCCGGUUUUCUUCCGCUAAAUCAGCAUGUGCUGUUUAUGUGUGAUCUACUUACACACAUACAUAUACAAGUUUAUUAAUAACAGAGUCGUACAAUAUAAGUUUUAAUAUUUUCACAGUCUAUCUCACAAAAAAGUUUACAUUUUUGCGUGAUUCCCGCGCUAUUUCCAUUUGCUUAUUAGAAGCAAGGCAAACUUUAAAUGCAAAAAUUGAUUUUGAGUUAUCCAACAACAAACGAAAUUUAACCAUAGUAACGCACACCGAGUAUGGCUAAUAAAAGUAAAUGAAUACACAAUAAACUAAACAUAAAUAAGUGCGAAAAACGGUAAUUCAAGCUUUACAUACCUAACAAAAGUUAUGAAAAAAUAUGUGGUGGAAGGCAAUACGGUAGCGAGAACAAGCAAGCACUUGCACGCACACUCCGCUCAUAGUAUGACACUUUUCGCACGAUCGCAUAAGGAAAUACACGCCGUGAUUUAUUUUAGCUCGUUAUAACGAUUUAUUAUGUCUUAUCUUAUAGCACCUACUCUGUCGUCGGCCUAAACUCAUUUUUCUAUUUGCUAAGUGCUCUGUUAGCCAAGACUUAGACUUUACUUAGCAUGAAGGAACAUUAUUCAAUAUAAGUAGGCCAGUGAUAUGGCAGCAUGAUUCUCUCAUCGCUCUCAAACUACGUAAAAUACAUAACUUAAGGUUAAAUUAGAGAGGUUAAAACCUUAACCGUAGUCUUAACCAUAUUUACUGUCGGUUAUUGUUGGUGCCUUAGAUAUAUGCAGCUGAUAUUUACAUACAUCGUCCUUUAUUUGUGCAUUUCGAAUGUGCAGAAACUAAAGAAAGACAACGACAUGACCAGUGACGAGGAAUACGAAUUAGUAAUUUAUUAUUUAAAAUAUUAGGGCAUUAUAUACCACAAUGCAGCAAAUCAACAAUCAGCUGUUUAUGGUUACGGCGAAAAACCAAAACGCAAUUGGUCUGUACGGCUACAUGUCUCCUCUAAUCGAUUACAGUGUUACUCAUAGGUUGGUUCGAGCAGCAGAUUUAUGUGGUUAUGGUUACGACACCUCUAAUAAUGGAAGGUUGGUUAGGUAAAAUUAUGUGUAAGUCUUGGCUAACAAAGCUCUAAGAUAGAAUGUGAAAAGGAACCCAUCCUUGACAGAUCUGGUAGGACUCGGUCUAUAUAGGGUCAAAACAGAUACAAGGCAAGUAUUAGAUCCCACGGUUAACGUCUCCAAUACUAAACGGCGCUGCACUCACUCUCAAACAACACAUAAAGUACCUUGGCGUAUUGCCAGACACCAAGCUACUGUGGAACCGAAAUGUAGAGAAAGGUGUGAUCUAAACUUAGCUUGUGAUACUACUGGCACCAACUCCAAAAUUAACUUUUAUAUCAAAAUUCAGGCCAUUAAAGCAUUUACAUCGUUUAGUAUAACCUCCAAGGUCGUUCUUCAGAGCAGGGAAGUAAUAGAAAGUUUGGUAGCGAAUUGUAAGCUGCAUUUCUAUUGGGUUCCAGACCUUAAGGACUUUAAAGGGAGCCAUAUAGUAGACGAUACACCAAAAACGGGGUCUCUGUAUCCUUGGAUUUUGUCAAUGAAAAUGACAAUCUCGAACAGCGAGGAGUGCAGAAAAUGUAGGCAGCAGAGUUUAAGGGAAACUGCUGAGCAUCUCCUUUGCGGAUAUUCUGCGUUACUCAAAACAAGCUUAAAAUAUCUGCGGGCACCGCAAUUUGAUGGAUUCGAAGAUAUCUCAGCAGUAGGUUGGAAAUUUCUCGUUAAACUCGCAAUAGAAACAGUCACCAUGCGGAUGCACUAAAACGCGUGACUAAUGAACUCCAUCUGGUAUCGAUAUGGCCCGAACCGGUCUAUGCGUGACUGCAAGUCAACCAGUUUAACCUAACCUAUCCUUCGGAAAAUCAAUAAGAGACAAUUCGUUCCACGACAGUCGAGUCUAUGUUAUCGGCGAUUCGACGAACGACCCUGAUUUAUGUUUGGUUGAGCACUUUCGCUUCAGCAGUAUUUCCAAAAAUGUAUGGGAAGUGUUUCAUGAUGUUACAACAACACCAAAAACGUGUUGGGCGCCAUAUUUUCUAAGCGUGCUAAUGUUUUUUUCCAUUUGACUCCAUUUGACUCCCACUUCCUCCGCUCCCUUUUUAAACGCAGUACUUACUUUGUACCCAGAUAAAAGUGUAAUAUGCGUGUGUCAGAACAAUAUCAAUGUAUAUCCACCUAUUGAAAGGUAUGAGACCAGAUUUCUAGUGAGUCCCGUGACGGAAACGGUAGUUUUUGAUUCACCUCUUCCUAGCAUUCUUCUUAACAGAACUUCUCUUACAUUGCAGAACUUUUAAAGAAAACACCACAAAAUAGAAACGCGCACGUAGUUGUUUAUGUACAUAUAUACAGAUAUAUACAUGUAUGUACGUAGAUAGUGUCAUAGACUUUCUCUCGCGAAAACAUUUGCAGAAGUGUAUUUUCAAAUAAUUUACAUCAAAGAUAUUUUCACAUAAACGCCGUCGUGCCCUUAAUUAAUCAACAAAAUAUUAGCUCACUGCAUAUGAAUGUAUACAUAUAUUACCAACAACUAAGCAAGCGUGCGAAUCUAGCGCUGAGGCCAAAAUAAGCUCUCACAUUCGUAUACACACAUAGAUACGAGUAAAAUCGUACGCAUACAAAGAUUUUUUCGUCUUGGCGGUAACAGUAAAUAUUAUCCCAAAUGUUCGCCACCUUACGACAUCUGGUUGGUGGUGGUGCUGCUCAAGCGGAUCCACGAACACAUGCGCAGGAACAAUCACCAUUGUCGAAGAAACCAACAAGAAUAUCGAAAAGAUUGCGCCAACAACAACAGCUCGAACAAAUGCAGCAAAUGUUGUUGCUCGACAGUGAAACCUAUUCCAACUUGCGUUAUGAGCGCACCAAACUCAGUCACAGCAGCCUGCUGCUGCAUCAGAUCUCACACGACAGUGCAGCGGACGAGUGCAACGGAACGCUCGAGACUAUUGUGCCAUUAACAUUUGCAUCGGCCGCCACACCGAUAAUUGUGCCCAGUGGCUACAGAGCCAUUACACCUUCAGAUAAACAAAACAUAACUACUGGAACGCGUCUGCAUUCCACAUCAACGCCGUCGCCAGCGCCACAACCAGCUUUGCUAACGCAUUCAUCGCCGCCACCAUCCACAACGGGCAGUGUGCCACCCGCUCUAAGCUGUAGUGGCUAUUCAACGUAUUUGCCACACGACUAUAGCUUCUGCGACUCGUGUCGUCCACCACGUUUUCAGAAUUCCCUCAUUAAAUCCGGUAGUCCCGGUUCAGUAUCGCAAAAAAGUUUCGGUACCGUCUCGGCGCGUUAUCUCAAUUUAAAUUCAAGUUCGAGUAAUCGUUUCAAUUCACUGCCACCAUCUUCGAUUUUGACACCAACACCGCCACCACAACAGCAACAAGCACCACCGCCGCAUUCUUUGCGCUCCUUUCAUCACUUCUCUCGUUUACAGCCACGACGCCAAACCAGCACCAGCAUGUCGCAAUCAGGAGACGAUCUACAUUCACCCAGCUAUCUGUCAUGGCGGAAGCUGCAGUUGAGCCGAGCCAAACUAAAGGCGUCCAGCAAGACAUCGGCAUUGCUAUCAGGAUUUGCCAUGGUCGCCAUGGUUGAGGUUCAAUUGGACAGUAGCACCAAAGUGCCUGCUGGUAUGCUCGUCGCAUUCGCCAUCUGCACCACUCUACUCGUUGCCGUUCACAUGUUGGCGCUCAUGAUCAGCACCUGUAUUUUGCCAAACAUUGAAACGGUCUGCAAUUUACACAGCAUCUCGCUGGUGCACGAGUCACCACAUGAACGCCUGCAUUGGUACAUUGAAACGGCGUGGGCCUUUUCUACUCUCCUUGGACUCAUACUUUUCCUACUCGAGAUAGCAAUACUUUGUUGGGUGAAAUUUUAUGAUUUAAGUCAGCCCGCCGCCUGGUCGGCAUGCAUCGUACUUAUCCCGGUAAUGAUAGUCUUCCUAGCAUUUGCGAUACAUUUCUAUCGGUCGCUCGUUACACACAAAUACGAGGUCACCGUCUCGGGCAUACGAGAGCUAGAGAUUUUGAAGGAACAAAUGGAGCAAGACCACAUCGACACACAUCAUCAUCACCAUCGUAAUAACGGUUUGCAUUACGGUGCUAGUGGUGAAAUUGUGUAAACAGCAUGGAGUGUGUGGUGAAUUUGUUGCCACUAAAAUUACUUCACACACACACACAUGCACUGGAAAAUAGACAUUUUAUACGUGACUACAUACAUUUAGGCGGCAAAAGUUUUUAUACGCUACUUUUUACAAGAGAAAAGACGUU